AUGGGAUUACGAGGUUUCUUUGUUUUAGCAGCAAAAAUAUGGAGUUUCAUCUGUUACUGCGUUCGUCGACAGGCGCGUGCGAUUAUACAACAUCAAACUGUCAGAUACGAACAUAUACCUUUAUCACCUUUAUCUAAACAUAGACUUAGUAUGUUAAAAAGAAAAACAUUAGUUUUAGAUUUAGAUGAAACAUUAAUACAUUCUCAUCAUGAUGGUGUUUUAAGACAAACAGUUAAACCAGGUGUACCUCCAGAUUUUGUUUUAAAGGUUACAAUAGAUAGGCAUCCAGUCAGAUUUUUUGUUCAUAAAAGACCUCAUGUAGAUUAUUUUCUACAAAUAGUUAGUCAAUGGUAUGAUUUAGUGGUAUUUACUGCUAGUAUGGAAAUAUAUGGUGCAGCAGUAGCAGAUAAACUUGAUAAUAAUAGGGGUAUUUUAAAAAGACGGUACUAUAGGCAGCAUUGUAAUCUAAUAUUAGGAAGUUAUACAAAAGAUUUAUCUGCUAUAAAUCCAGAUCUCUCGAGUAUCUUUAUAUUAGAUAAUUCACCUGUAGCUUAUCGCUCAUAUCCUAAUAAUGCUAUACCAAUAAAAUCAUGGUUUAGUGAUGCAACAGAUACAGCUUUACUCUGUCUCUUACCACUUUUAGAUGCUUUAAGAUUUUCUACAGAUGUUCGUUCUGUAUUAGGGCGGAAUUUACAUCUACAUGUACCAUGGUAGUUCAUUCAGCAUGUUAUAUAUAUAUAUAUUUAUAUAU